GCAAAAAAGACUAAUUACAUGUCAAAACUGUUAGAAUUUGAACAAUACGAUUAAUGUUUUUUUUAUCCCUUUCGUACUUUUCAUAUUUGUCAUCCCUUUCAUUCCUUUCAUCCCUUUCAUACUUUUCGCGGUAAUGUCGCUGUAUCCCUGAAUUCGAAUCUGCUCAUGAUUUGUGCUGCUAGGUCUCGCAAGCACUGGUCUUCUAUGAAAGCAGGUAUCAACAGAGAAAAACACUUUUUUCGAAAACUUUUCUGUGAUCUCUAGACGUAUCUUUAAGGUUUCAUUCUAUGUUCUUACUGCAAAGCGUUGCACAAUUUUCUUUUUUUCUGUUUCUGUGAUGAGUAUCACUGCGUGUAUCUUUUGCAAGAAUAAAAGAGCAAAUCAAUCUUAAUACUAGAAGAAUAGAGAGAGACGUACACCUCGAGCAUAUAACAUCGCGCGUAGAGCAGUAUCACGUCGUUGAUGUGAAACAUAAACAAAAGCUGUUGGCGCAAUCCCUACGGGAUUUAAAAUGUGAAACACGAUUGAACUAUGAGUCAUGUCGUCUCAAAUCACUUGUUUUAUUGUUAUAUGACGUAAUCUAUAUAAUAGCAAUGUUCUCAGAUAUUUAGAUUUAGUUGCAGUCACUCAAAUAGUCUUGCAAGUAUAUUUCUGUUGAUAGUCAAUGUAUUUCGAUGACAAAUCAACAAUAAUAAGAAAAACUAGCGCCUAAAAAAUCAGUUUCGUGCGUUUAGAGGAUUCUUUAUCACGACUUUUAACUUUUCUUCAUGAACGUACUAUAGAAGGUACAUCGUUAACACUCAUCAAUACGGAUCUUAUCCCUGGCGAUACUCGUAGCAUUGAUGGACGUCCGAUAUUGAUCGAUUGGGAUCAAGCAGCAUAUGGUUCAUUUUAUGUGGAUUUACCAAACUAUUUUUCUGUUGAAACAGCUUUAUGUUACCGAGAUGCUCUCGCUGAGCUUGGUUUAGAUAUUCUUCCAGCUGUAUUUAUGGAUCAUUUUCAUGAAGUACGUCGAUAUAUGGGCUUAAGAUAUCUUGAAGUAGGUCUUCAGGCUUGGCGAUACAGUUCACCACGAAAAAAACAUGAGCAAUGA